UGCCGGCUGUCUACCUCUUAGUUCUCGGCUGAUGUGAUGAGGUUCGGUCGUGUGGCUCCAGCUCCUGAUUCUCUCCGCGUUGUGCUGUGCCUUGUGUCUAGUACUGCUGUUACGGUGGCAUGUGAGCUGGGAGUAAUAUUCACAGCAGGAUCGUCACUGUGGGCGGCUAUGGAAAACUGAGGCGGGUUCGGCCGUGCCGCCAGGAACCACGCGAUCGGUCGACCCAUACGCGUAUCAUAUUGCAUUUUCCGAAUGAAAUUUACGUCGUAACUCGAAAAAUUCAAACAAUACAAGGAUCAUUGUCUGACACAUCAACCUGGAGGUUGCCAGACUGUGAGAGGAGACGGCAGCCCCCAGGCCGUACUACACACCGCUGGCCAUGACCCCACUGACAGUAUCAAGGACAUCUACACCGCCCUCUCCAUUGUGUAGGAAAUACUGACGUGUAUACAGUUUGGAGGGUGUUAUGUGUUGAUCCUGGGAGGAGGAGGAGACGUGACAGGCCGCUCUAGGCCGCUGUGGAUCUGGUAAACAUGGCCAUGGCAGACCAAGACCCCACCAGUCUCAACAAUGUUUUAAUCGCGCUUAAGCAGAGUGAGAAACUGAAACACUGGGACAAGCCUCCCAGGGAGUUUGGCCCAGACAACCCUGAGGACUCCGAUUAUAAUAGGAACGGUUUAAAAGAUGUGGGAGACUUCAGCAGUAUUACCGUCUCGCCUGGAUUUUGUUUUGGAGAGAGCCAAGUCAGUGAAGAGGAAUCCAAACCUAUCACUCCUGAAUCUGAAGUGACCUGUGAUACUGAGUUCAGAAUAGAUCCCGGUGAAGAGUUGCAGAAUGAAUGUCAAUGGGGUUCUCUGGAGGUUGCGAAGAGGGCUCGAGAGCAAUAUCAGCUAAUGAUGCAACUUGAAGAAAUGUCUCUUGAGGACGAAAUAAAACAAAGACUUCAGGAAAAAGUUAGUGCUCGAUACAGAACAUACUUGAACAAGUUAGAAGAAAUCCAGAGAGUAUUUGAAACAAAAUUACAUCAAUACUACCAUCAGAGGGACGAGAAACUAGAACGUGAGGAGUACCGCCUUAGGCAACAAAAAGAAGAGGCAAUAAAGGCUGUCAAAAAGUGCGAGAGUGACUACAGUCACUAUAUUUCAGAAAGGUCAUCUUGGUUGUUGGAGGUUAUGGAAGAUGCUCGACGUAAGGAAGCGGAACAAGCAGAUAUCAGGCGAGCUCUUGUGAAUGAUUUGCUUAAUGCCAAGGAAACUUUUGUUGUUAAGCUGGCUCAGAUGCAACAAUUGCUUGAAGAGUUUGAGGGAAGUGAAGUAUUAGACUCUAACACAGAGUCUAUCCUAAACCAGACUGUGUCACAUGUGGAGUGCUUAUUAAAUAAUGCCAACCAAAGUUCUGCCACCCAGAAGCAACUUAAUGAAGCACAGAGUUCUCUUCAAGUGGGACUAGGUUGUAUAAAUACAAUUACUCAAACUCUAAAUUCUAAAAAAGAAGAGAGAGCCAAGUUGGAAGCCGAGAGAAUAAAUCAAGAAGCAGAAGAAACUAAGUUGAAAGCUGCUGCACAGUUAGAAAUGGAAAAGCAGGAGGCUGCCAGAAGAGAAGAGGAAAGACUUGCUGAAGAACAGAGACAGGAGGGAGGAUAUGACCUAGUUGCCAUGAUAAGUGGCAGGAGGAGAUUGGAAGACUUGAAGAAUAAAUUGGGAAAUUUCUUGACUGCUGGUGACAUAAUGACAGAAAAAUAUCCGAAUAUGAAGAUGGAGGUGCAAAAAGCAUUGUCGGUUAUUAAUCAGCUGACUGCAACGGACCAGCGAAUUAACAAGGAAAAAUUGCAGAAGCUAACAUCUUAUCUCUCUGGGAGAGAGUUUAGGGCUAGCAAAGGAACAAUUGAGAAUGAAACAGUUGUAAUAACAUAUGCAAAGAAUCUUGCAGUAAGCAAUUUAAUAAAAUGUGGCACAGAUAAGCAAGUGUCUGGCAUAGCAGCAUAUUCAUGGCUGAUGGUAAACUUGGUUUCAUGUUUUCCAGAACUGUGGGACCUUUUCUUGUAUCAUUUAUUUAUAUCAUGUCCAUAUUUGCUACCCAUGAAACCAUUGCCACUAGUUGGACAAAGUGAAGAAGAUUUCUGCAAAUCAAUAGGGAUGAAAGGUAAUGAAAAAUCAGAUGCACACAUUGGACGAAUGGGCACUUCUGCUUCAAUGUAUGGACUAGUUUUGGCCAUGAUCAUUAAAAGGAAAAAUAUUCCUAUAAAUGCUCCAGUUAUAGGGUGGGAGCUCUUGGCAAAACAUCUUUCCUUAACACCUACUUCUGGUGUGAGUGCAGUAAUUUUUGUUGAACUGUUAAAAUCUCUGGGUUUCAGCCUUCAAGAAACAUAUGGGAAGCAAUUUUUAAAACUAAUGGAUUACCUAAUUAAUGUAUACAUGCAUAAGAUUGAGGAAGUCACAGAAGGGGCAGGAGCCCAAGGUUUAAGUGUCUUGCAAACCUUCCUAGAAACAUUUAAUCGGACGCGCAAAAUCCAGCAGCAUGAACUAGUUGACAAAUUUUAUUAAAAUGCUCUCAUUAUUAUGUGCUUGUGAAAAUGCCAUAUACACAGACUUAAAUAUUAUAAAUUAAAUAAAUAUCUUUUAAAAGUGUGGAAUUUGAACCCAAGGUUCGCACUUCAGAAAGUUUCACACUGUGAAUUCUUAUUGCAGGCCUUUAUAUCAGUUCUGACAGUGCUUUCAAUUGAAGGAUCAGCAAACAAAAUUCUCUGGUUACCACUGUAACCAGAUAAUAAAACACUUGACCUACUUUAUGAAUAUAUAUGGGUAGGAGAUAAAUUUCUACAGAAUUAUAUUUUGCUGGUCUGGCAAGUUAUUCCUAAUCCUGUAUUGUAAAGAAUAAAUGUUGUGAAAUAUGAUUGCUUUCUCUUCAGCAACUGAUGCAACACACUACCCAAAUACCAUAUUUAUUGACAUUUCAAAAGAAUGAUUAUUUUUCAAGAUGUUACUUUAAAUUUCAUUUGUACAUGUAUUUGCUUUACUAGUCGUUUGUUUUGAUAAAAAAUUUAUAAUUGUUGAUUUUUCAUGGUUUAUGCAAUAUAAUACUAAAACUUC